AUGGCGCUAUCAGCUCCUCCCAGUCAGGAACAGCCGUCGGGGAAGCAAUUCGGCUACCAGCUCGCUGCUGCUGUGAGGAGCAUCAACUGGACGUAUGCCAUAUUUUGGUCAGAAGUUCUGGCGUGGAAGGAUGGGUUCUACAACGGCGAGAUAAAGACAAGAAAGAUUGCCGGCUCGACCACUACGGAAGUUGCUCUUACAGCGGACGAGCGCGUCAUGCACAGAAGCAAGCAACUGAGGGAGCUCCACGAAUCGCUCUUGCCCGGCAACUCCAACAAUCGGGCAAGGCGACCUGCCGCCUCACUGUCACCGGAGGAUCUCGGGGACGGCGAGUGGUAUUACACCAUAAGCAUGACUUACACCUUUCACCCUAAUCAAGGGUUGCCAGGCAAAAGCUUUGCAAGCAAUCAACAUGUUUGGCUGUACAACGCUCAGAACGCAAACACCAGAGUUUUCCCCCGCGCGCUCUUAGCAAAGACUGCUUCUAUUCAGACAAUCGUUUGCAUUCCCUUAAUGGGCGGUGUGCUGGAGCUCGGAACGUCGGAUCAGGUUUUGGAGGACCCCGGCAUGGUGAAGCGGAUCAGCACGUCUUUCUGGGAGCUGCACUUGCCAUCAUCCUUGGAGUCGAAGGAUGCGAGCUCCAGCACAUCAGCAAACGAUACCAGGGAGGCCACCGACAUCAUCUUGUUCGAGGACUUUGACCACAACGACACAGUUGAGGGGGUCACCUCUGAGCAAAGGGAGGUCCAGUGCCUGUCCAACGUCAAUCUGGAGCGCCUCACAAAGCAGAUGGACGAGUUCCACAUCCUUCUCGGUGGACUGGACGUGCAUCCUCUCGAAGACAGAUGGAUCAUGGACGAGCCCUUUGAGUUUACGUUUUCCCCGGAACUGGCGUCGGCUAUGGAUAUGCCGAGCACCGACGAUGUCAUCGUCACUUUAAGUAGGUCUGAAGGCUCUCGUCCAUCCUGCUUCACGGCGUGGAAGGGAUCAUCCGAGUUGAAAUACGUGCCUGGCCAGGUCGUUGGGGAGUCACAGAAGUUGCUGACUAAAGUUGUGGCUGGUGGUGCAUGGGCGAGCAAUUAUGGCGGUCGCACCACGGUGAGAGCUCAGGAAAUUAACAACAACACCCAUGUCAUGACAGAGAGAAGACGCCGGGAGAAACUCAACGAGAUGUUCCUGGUUCUCAAGUCACUAGUCCCGUCCGUUCACAAGGUGGACAAAGCAUCCAUCCUCACAGAAACGAUAGGUUAUCUUAGAGAACUGAAGCAAAGGGUAGAUCAGCUAGAAUCCAGCCGGUCACCGUCUCACCCAAAAGAAACCACAGGACCGAGCAAAAGCCAUGUCGCCGGCGCUAGGAAGAAGAUAGUCUCGGCCGGAUCCAAGAGGAAGGCGCCAGGGUUGGAGAGCCCGAGCAAUGUCGCGAACGUGACGAUGCUGGACAAGGUGGUGCUAUUGGAGGUGCAGUGCCCGUGGAAGGAGCUGCUGAUGACACAAGUGUUUGACGCCAUCAAGAGCCUCUGUCUGGACGUUGUCUCCGUGCAGGCUUCCACAUCGGGUGGCCGUCUUGACCUCAAGAUACGAGCUAAUCAGCAGCUUGCGGCCGGUUCUGCUAUCGUGGCACCUGGGGCAAUCACUGAAGCGCUUCAGAAAGCUAUAUAGGCAAGAUGUUUUUUGACAUUAGUGUAGUGCUAAAACCGUCUUAUAUUUGGGACGAAGGGAGUACUUAGCGACGCAAUCUACAAAAAAUCAUGAGUUGGGCUCUAUAGUCUUCUUCACCCAGGAAUCAGGUCGGACUAGUGUGAAUUACUGUACACCAAAAAAAAUUCCGAAAUAAUUACUGAACACGUCAUGACGUCGCCCCAAAAAAUAUCCAGAUCUAUAUUCCGCCUAUCAAUUAAGCACGAAGUUUGAAGGGAGUGCCUAGAACUCAUUUAGAUGAGAUAUAAUUUGGUCUCAUUCACCUUGAAAACGAAAACAAAAACAACCCACGUCAGUACACACGCAUCUUAUAGCAUCACAUCCAAUGGCUAUAAAAGGUGAAUGACAGCAAACUAUAUCUCAUCUAGAUGAGUUCUAGCAAAACUGUAAUUUGAAGCCGACUAUGCUGCCGACCCUACUCACUACUACAGAAAUGCCUAGCUAGCGGUGGCGGCACUAAGAGCCCAUUCGGAUUCUUUCCAGCUUCCUGCGAUGCCAGCCACAGCCAGCUUCUGAUGGGAUGGGAGUAGCGUUUCGUUCGACAGCAGAGGGUAGCUCUAGCCACCAUACAAACUUGAAAUAGCCAGGAAGGAAGCCGGCGUGAGGGAGGGAGCUACGAGAAGUGAGCUCUCUGGCGUGGAUACGACGGCAAGCUCGACGGAGCAGGUCGACCGGGUGCCGACGGCGAGCAACGGAGGAAGUUGAGGCAGGGUCGGGUGUCCGAGUGCGUUGAGGAUGGGCCAUGGUAACAAGGAGAUGGGGCGGCGACCGCAGUGGGUAUGGGACGGGAAACCUGCGGGGACGCGGCAGCGCACCAGCGCCGUGUCGGAUGGGUGGCGGCGGGCCGGCGGUGUUGUGGUGGAGCCCUCCUAGGGUUAUAGUCGGGGCGAGAAAGGGGAUGAGGGGAGAAGUGAAGUUGGGCAACGAGGGAUGGAAGAGAUGCGUGUCGGGCAAAUCGGUACGCAAGGAUUGACUUGGCGGUGGUAAUCUCCAGUAAAUUGCAGCAACACCACCUUCCCUUUUUUAGGAGCUAUGCUUCUGCUGCUCCACAAGAUUACAUUGCGAGA